AACUGUGAGCAGCCGACGCGCAAAGCGGCCGCAGGUGCCCCAUUGCACUCUUGCGCCGAGCGCCGAACUGUCUGUGUUUACUUCAUACGAGCGUGAUUUCGUUGUGUACAUUUGUGCCUUGAAUUGCGUAAAGGUAUUUGACAACCUUGUACGACGACAGUUAACAUUUGUUUGCCGUGUACAGCGUAAAGUACUUGUUCAGCGUUGUGCGGGAACGAAAAAAGAGGGCGAGUGUCUCCGCCUUUACCGUGUUCGACGACCAACUUGUUUGGAGAGGGCUAUUCGUAGUCUCUGCUGGAGUCCACGGGGCCACAGGAGGCCGAACAGCAGUCAUUCAAGUUGCUUCAUGGUUAUGUUAAUACGCGCAUUCCUUUGCCAAGGCAUCUGAGCGCUGAUUGGCUGGUGAACAUGAGUUGAAGGUGACGUCACGCUUCUCAUGAUAAUGAGGUAUUCAACAUGGCGGAGUAGCUAGAUUGUGAAUUGCCAGUUGCUAUACUUUUGGAUGGAUUUAACUAGUGAAAUAUGCCAAGGAGACGAAAUGGAGAGAUACCUCUGCCCGACGGUUGGGAUUUUGGAACGGACUACGAUGGGAAGAUCUACUUCAUCGAUCAUAAUAGCAAGAAAACAACGUGGAUUGACCCGCGAGACAGGUAUACGAAGCCACAGACUUUCGCGGACUGCAUCGGGAACGAACUACCUCUUGGCUGGGAGGAGGCGUAUGACCCACAGAUAGGAUCAUAUUAUAUCAACCAUGUUAAUCAAUGCACGCAGCUGGAGGACCCCCGCCUCGAGUGGCGAGCUAUCCAGGAGGCGAUGCUGCGGGACUACUUGCAGACGGCGCAAGACGUCCUCGAGGCGAAGAAGGAGAUCUACGACGUCAAACAGCAGAGGCUGUACCUGGCGCAGGACGAGUACAACCACCUGCACAAUGUCCUCACCACAUUGAACACGUCGCGGACGAGCUUGUGCUCCAGCUCCAGCAGUUUAAGCACAAAGUAUGAUCCGGACCUCCUGAAGUCGGAUGUGGCACUAGCUCGGAACAGGGUUUCCAGAUUGAAGCGAGAGCUGGAACAAAUACGUGCAGAGAUGCACUGCACCCAGAGAGGAGUGGAAACACUCUCUUCUGUUGAGCAGAAACUGAGCUCACAUGAAGGAGGCUGCUAUAACAUUACAGAGGCUCAAGCAAUUAUGACUGAACUAAGAAAUAUCCAGAAGUCUCUCUCUUUGGGUGAGAAGGAAAAGGCAGAGCUGAUGCAGUCACUUGCAAAACUGAAGGACGACCUAACUCGGCUUCAGCUGUGUGAGAGCUCACCAGAUGCUUCUACGCUAAGUUUGCCACAAGAAAAACUCAGUACUGCUUCACAGACCGAUCUGUCAGGAGAGCUGAUGCCAAUUGGUACAAGACUCGCAGAAAUGGCUCGUAUGAGGUUGCAGUACGAUGAAGCUAGGAAAAGGGUGCAGCAUAUUCAGCAUCAACUAGCAGAUCUGGAAGAAAAAGUGCAACCAGGGCAAGCAGAAUCUGAUAAGGACAGGUUGCUCCUGUUCCAAGAAAAAGAGCAGUUGUUGCGUGAAUUGCGAAGUAUAACACCUCGCUCUCGAAGUCAGCAAGAGAUGCAAGAUAUUCAACAAGAGAUCAGGCGACUAGAACAAGAUCUAAAUCAAGCACUUGAAAUGUCCAAUCGUGCUAUUGCUGACAGGUUGCGGCUUCAUGAAGAGAAGCAGCUCCUUCUGCAACAGUUACGUGAUGCGCUUCGUGCUAUGACCCAGUUGGAAUCACAGCUCAAAACAAUGUCAGCGAGCACUUUGUCAGUGAGCAGCAGUUCAAGUUUGGGAUCCCUGUCAACAACUAGCAGUAAAGGUUCUCUCAGCUCUGGGUUAAGCUUCACUGACAUAUACGGAGGACCACAGUAUCAAACAACUGCAACACCCGUCGAUUCUUCAGGUGUAGGAAGUGUUGAUAUGGCGGACCUUCACAGGCGUGUGGAACGAUUGCUCCGUGGUGAUCCUGCGACUCCCUCUCCUUCCCCCGGACGUUCACAACCGUCAUUAUCACCACGAUCGUCCCCAUCAUCUGCAUCUCCUCCUGUGUCACCUUUGCAUGAACCCUCUAUUGCCUCAACAGCAGGCAGCCCUGCUCUUCCACCUCCUAAUGCAGGAUGGAUUCGUUUUGUUCCUGGUCGCCCUGGUGCAGUAACCCACUGUUUGGAUCGUGCACAGCUGGAGGACAGGCUAGCAGAACUGAGGAUACGUCAUCGAGAUCUGAUUGCGGCAGCAGCUGGCUCCACGAGACCUGACCUGCAGGAACUCUCUGUUCACGGAAGCAACAUGUCGCAGGGUUCUGGCCUAGGGAGGCCUGGAAGGUGUCAGUUUGAGCCUACACCUGAACCACCACUUUCUCCAAUUUCAGAGACUCCACCUCCUCUUGUGGGAUCAUCACAAGAACUCUUACAAGUUGCAGGGUUAUCAAAUCCAUCUUCUGGCACAAAUACUCGAUCAGUGU